AGGUGGUGGUGACGUCAGCGAAGCGCCUCUGUACCGAGGGGAGGUGUUGGGGGGGUGAAGAAACGGUGUUAUCCCAAAGUAACGGCAAGGUAGUGAGUUGGCAAUCAGAUAAAACUAAACCUUGAACGGAUUUUGUAUUGUUCCUUUCUACUAACCUGCUCGAAGUUAGCAGCACAGGCACUAUUGGAAUGAAAGUGCGACAUAUCAAGCCAGAACUCAAAGCAUGGGAAGCCAUGGAUCAGUCCUGAGUUUUGCAUUGUUUAUGGGUUGACCUGUGAUAAUAUUCCAGUGCAAAAGCUGAAACGUUUAAUCCAUAUUCCUUGCAAGGUUUUAAACUGGUGUAGGUCAAAACCUUAGUCAUGUAUGGAAGUGCUCGUUCUGUUGGUAAAGUUGAGCCAAGCACUCAGAGUCCUGGACGUUCACCGAGGUUACCUCGAUCACCUCGUUUAGGCCAUCGCCGCACCAACAGUACUGGGGGCAAUUCUGUGGGGAACACUGGAGCAGGCAGUGGGAAAACAUUGUCAAUGGAAAAUAUUCAGUCUCUUAAUGCUGCUUAUGCAACAUCCGGUCCUAUGUAUUUGAGUGACCAUGAAAACGUUGGUACUGAAGUUCCAAAGAAUACCAUGACCUUGGGGCGAUCUGGAGGACGGCUUCCUUAUGGUGUAAGAAUGACAGCUAUGGGAAGCAGUCCUAAUAUCUCUUCCAGUGCAGUUUCCAGUGAUGCCAUUGUUUUUGGGGAACAUCACAUUCCUCCAGUUAGCCUUGCUUCUACGGUACCACACUCUCUACGGCAGGCUCGAGAUAACACUAUCAUGGAUUUGCAGACACAGCUUAAGGAAGUUCUUCGGGAGAAUGACCAGCUUCGAAAGGAUGUAGAGGUCAAGGAGAGCAAGCUGAGUUCCUCAAUGAACAGCAUCAAGACUUUCUGGAGUCCAGAGCUGAAGAAGGAGCGGGCUUUAAGGAAGGAGGAAGCCUCAAAAAUUACUAUCUGGAAGGAACAGUUUAGGGUGUUAACGGAUGAAAGUCAGCAUCUUCAGAUGACCAUUCAAGCCCUGCAGGAUGAAUUACGUAUCCAGAGGGACUUAAACCAGCUUUUCCAGCAAGACAGUAGCACUCGUACCAGUGAACCUUUUGGUGUAGAACUAACAGAAGAAAACUUUCAGAGGCUACAUGCAGAGCAUGAGCGUCAAGCCAAAGAACUGUUCUUGCUCCGCAAAACUUUGGAGGAAAUGGAACUACGCAUAGAUACACAGAAACAAACACUGUGCGCUAGAGAUGAGUCCAUAAAGAAGCUGCUAGAGAUGUUACAGAGUAAAGGCCUGUCUGCUAAGGCCACUGAAGAAGACCAUGAGAGAACUCGAAGGUUGGCAGAAGCUGAAAUGCACGUGCAUCACUAUGAGACACUGUUGGAACAGAAGGACAAAGAGAAUUUGUCACUAAGAGAGGAGCUACAUCGCAGGCUCGAAAGUGUCCCAGAUACAGCAAAGACGAAAGCCCUGCAGACAGUUGUUGAGAUGAAGGACUCCAAAAUUGGCUCAUUGGAACGGGCCCUACGAGACCUGGAAGAAGAAAUCCUGAUGCUGAAGUCAAAUGGAGCUCUCAGCUCAGAGGAAAGAGAAGAAGAAAUGAAGCAGAUGGAGGUUUACAGAAGCCAUUCAAAGUUCAUGAAGAACAAGGUAGAACACCUGAAGGAUGAACUCGGUGCGAAAGAGGCCCAAGUGGAAGAGCUGAAAAAGAAGACAGCCGGUCUUCAGCUUGAGAUUGGCCAGGUGAAGCAGGAGCUCUCAAGGAAGGACACUGAAUUGUUGGCUGUGCAGACCAAGCUGGAGACCUUGGCAAACCAGUUCUCUGACAGCAAGCAGCACAUAGAAGUGCUGAAGGAAUCACUCACCGCAAAGGAACAGAGGGCGGCCAUUUUACAGACAGAGAUAAAACAACUGGAAUUGAGAUCUUUAGAAAAGGAAUUUAUGCUGGACCAGUUAACCAAGAGAGAUGAAGAUUUGAGAGAUGAGAGAGGAGGUGUUUGUGGGGAAACACAUGAUAUUAAGGACUUUUUAAGUGCAAAAAAAAAAAAAGUUAGAGUAUUGCAGAAUAAGAUUGAAAAUCUGCAAGAACAACUGCGAGAUAAGGAAAAACAGAUGACCAGUCUAAAGGAUCGUCUUAAGUCACUUCAGGCUGACACCUCUAAUACUGACACUGCCCUUGCUACUUUAGAAGAAGCUCUUGCUGAGAAGGAACGCAUCAUCGAACGACUAAAGGAUCAGAGAGACCGUGAUGAAAGGGAAAGACAGGAGGAAGUAGACACUCACAAGAAGGAACUAAAAGAAAUGAAGGAAAAAGUCAGUGUUUUACAAAGUGAACUUUCUGAGAAGGAGGCCGCUGUACUUGAUCUUAAAGAGCGUGCCUCUUCUCUUGCCUCAGCUGGCUUGAAAAAAGACUCCAAACUAAAAACACUUGAAAUAACACUUGAACAGAAGAAGGAGGAGUGUGCCAAAGUAGAAGCACAGCUGAAGAAGCUACAUGAGGCAAAUCUGGAGGCACGUGCCAGUUCAGAGUUUAACGAGCGGAUUCAGAAAUUGGAAGCAGAAGUGGCUUGCUACAGAGAUGAAUCUAGCAAGGCUCAGACAGAAGUAGAUCGUCUACUGGAAAUCCUAAAAGAGAUGGAAAUUGAAAAGAAUGAUAAGGACAAGAAGAUCGCAGAACUGGAAAGGCAAAUCAAAGACCAGGGUAAAAAAGUAGCCAACCUGAAGCACAAAGAACAAGUAGAAAAAAAGAAGAAUGCACAACUUCUGGAAGAGGCAAGGCGUAGAGAAGACAACCUGACCGACAACUCUCAGGCACUGCAGGACUUAUUACGGCAAAAGGAUGACCGCAUUGAGGAACUGGAGGAAGCAUUAAGAGAGAGCGUGCAGAUAACAGCAGAGCGAGAGAUGGUGCUCGCACAGGAAGAAGCAGCCAGGAACAGCGCUGAAAAACAGAUGGAAGAGUUAAUGAUGGCGAUGGAGAAGGUGAAGCAAGAGUUGGAGCUGAUGAAAACAAAGCUGUCAUCCACCCAGCAGUCGUUGGUAGAGAAGGAAUCCCACUUGACAAGCCUACGGGCAGAAAGGAGGAAGCACUUAGAGGAAGUUCUGGAGAUGAAGCAAGAAGCCCUCCUAGCAGCAAUAAGUGAGAAGGAUGCUAACAUCGCUUUGUUAGAGCUGUCCUCAUUAAAGAAAAAGAAAACUCAAGAGGAAGUAGCAACCCUUAAAAGAGAGAAGGACAGACUAGUCCAUCAGCUCAAGCAGCAGACUCAAAAUCGGAUGAAACUCAUGGCUGACAACUAUGAAGAUGAUCACCUAAAAUCCUCCUCUCACUCUGACCAAACCAACCAUAAACCUUCACCAGACCAGAUUAUACAGACCCUUUUGGACCAUGACCAGAACUGCAGUAAACUGAAGUUGUAUAUAGGACACCUAACCGCUCUUUGCCAGGACCGGGACCCCCAUAUACUCCAAGGCUUACAUCCACCCUCUUCAUACCACAUGGAGGACAACAGGGCAUCUUGGGAGGAGGAGCUGCGGAGGAUGACACCAGAACAGCUGAACAUUGAACUGGGAAAGCGAGAGACUGACAGUUCAGAACUGCAGGAGUUCGCCAAUACCGUGCUUCAACAGAUUGCCGACCAUUGUCCUGACAUCUUGGAGCAGGUGGUCAAUGCCCUGGAAGAAUCAUCGUGACCUCCACUAACAUAAAAGGAGCAAACAUCAAUAUUGUUUCUACUGGCACUGAGGCUGGAACCCAGCCUAAGAUACAUUGCUGAAUGGUCCCACAGAUUUAUUAGCAGGUUGAAGUAGUACCAAUUAAGCCGACUCCCAGGCCAGCAAGCAAAUGUGUGCCCUGUCUGUGACAUAUAAAUAUUUUACAUUUCCUGGGGCAGGUGUCACUCAAUGGACAAGCUGCGCCUAAGAAAGGAAGAAAGUACAAUUUCUUUGACAAGCUCCUUCAUAUUCGCUUGGAGAAAGGAAAUGAAAACGUUCUGCUCUCCUCCAACUAUGCUGAAUAAAUUAUGCAGUAACCCUCCUGCACAGAGUUGGGUACAGAAUAUGGAAAGUUAAUGAUGCCCGAAAUGCUGUCUUUCCAUUUAGCAAAAUUGUUCAUCUGCAUAUGUAACGUGUAAGAAAAGUAUGAACCAAUUUUCAGAAGGUAAUUACUAGAAGACUGGGGUGGUGUACUAUACUUGGAAGUGUAACCACCUGGAUCUACGUUGCAGUCAGACUGUAAAAAGAAAUGUGGCCGUAUUUUAAAUAAGUGAAAUAAUGCAGCUGUGCCUUUGGUUAGAUUUCUAAAUCAGUAACGGGUAAGGGAUCCUGCUGCUGCUACACACCAGCAUACCAUCUUAUUGCCGUUUCAAACUUCUUAGUACUGGUGAUUCCGUAACUGUGCCCCAGUUUUCUGUUAGACAUUGCCCCCACUACUGAGCUCAGUGUUUGUUUCUGAACUUUUCCUAAUCAUCUUCCAUAUUGUCGAAUCAUUGCCAUGCGUUGUAUUCGCUCACAUUCUGUAGUGAUGCUUUUCAUUCUUGGCCUCCUACCAGUUUGUACAGCCAUUUGUGUCCACAUCCUUACCCCCUGCCAGCGCUGGAUUGUAAUCACUGAUACAUUCAGUUUUAUUUCUUUCUUAGCCAGACAGCUAAUGUUAUUCAUGUUCCACAGUGCUCUGACCCCCCCCCCCC